GUCGCACUUGCAUUAUAUAUUUCUGUUCUAUUUAGCACGCCAAGCGCAUAUCAAAUGCUGCGCUAAUUCAGUGCUAAGCCGCACUCGCGCGCCGACUGACUCUUUGUAAGAGCUAAGCGAAAUGAUUGCACCAAAGAAGGGAAACUAUGAAGGCAAUCCUAGCCACCUACUGCCCUCUGAGCUCAUCGACCGCUGCAUAGGCUCCCGGAUGUGGGUAAUUAUGAAGGGUGACAAGGAGAUUGUCGGCACUCUCAGAGGCUUUGAUGUAUAUGUCAAUAUGGUGCUCGAGGACGUCACGGAAAUUGAGGAUUCGCCCGAGGGCAAGAAGCUGACCAAGCUGGACCAGAUCCUUCUUAACGGAAACAACAUCGCCAUUCUGGUGCCUGGUGGAAAGCCAGACUACUUGUGAGGACUGCGAAAUUAGCAUCGCCAUGAACCCAAGGUUGGGUCAGCGUGGCUGGAACUGUCCUGUGGGCUCGUUGGGGGGUGAGGGGUCAUUGUGUUGGCAAUUAUUUGCACAGACGGUGGCCACAAGCCGUUGAUGACGGCACCUUACACGCUCCGCUUUUUGCACGCGCCCUAGUGAGAGCGGCGUGGCAUCCGACUGUAUGUUUAAUGUGGGUGGACGUGGGAGGGGCCUCAGUUGCCAAAGCGGCUUAGUGUUUCGGUAAAUGUGUUUCACGCUCUCGGCUCCAAUAUCCGAAUCACUGUAAGAUUUUAUUCGAUAA